CAGUAAUGCUUGGUAACUGAUCCAGGACUCUGGAAGCACACUCACUGUUUUGCUGUGGGACAGAAGGAAGGUGCUGGGAAAACACUGUACAGAGACUUGGUGUAAAACGUAAAAGUAGAAAAAACAGCUAUGCAAGUGCAGGUGACAGCAAAUCCAAAUAUGAUUCCAGAGGAAGAAGUAGUGUACCAUGUCAGUGUUAAUGGUACCCCCAUUAUGGAAGGACAAGAAGCAGAGAAACCUGUGUCAAAACUGCAACGCAGGCACAGUGAUAUAAAGGUCUAUAAAGAGUUUUGUGACUUCUAUGCAAGAUUCAACAUGGCAAAUGCUCUUGCUAAUGCCUCUUGUGAACGCUGUCAUUCUGGCUUUGCACCUGCUGAAAAGAUUGUCAACAGUAAUGGGGAGCUGUAUCAUGAGCAGUGUUUUGUGUGUGCUCAGUGCUUCCAGCAGUUCCCUGAAGGGCUGUUUUAUGAGUUUGAAGGAAGAAAGUACUGUGAACACGAUUUCCAGAUGCUGUUUGCUCCUUGCUGUCAUCAGUGUGGUGAGUUCAUCAUUGGUCGUGUAAUAAAGGCUAUGAACAACAGCUGGCAUCCUGAAUGUUUUUGCUGUGAUAUAUGUCAGCAAGUUCUGGCAGACAUUGGAUUUGUCAAAAAUGCUGGCAGGCACCUGUGUCGUCCCUGUCACAACCGAGAGAAGGCCAGGGGCUUGGGGAAGUACAUAUGCCAGAAAUGCCAUGCUAUCAUUGAUGAACAACCUCUUAUCUUUAAGAAUGACCCCUAUCAUCCAGAUCAUUUCAACUGUGCCAACUGUGGGAAGGAGCUCACUGUUGAUGCACGUGAACUGAAAGGUGAACUGUACUGUCUGCCUUGCCAUGACAAAAUGGGCGUACCAAUUUGUGGCGCUUGCAGAAGGCCAAUAGAAGGACGUGUUGUCAAUGCUAUGGGCAAGCAGUGGCAUGUGGAGCAUUUUGUUUGUGCCAAGUGUGAAAAACCAUUUCUUGGCCAUCGUCACUACGAGAGGAAGGGACUGGCCUACUGUGAGACGCAUUAUAAUCAGCUGUUUGGAGAUGUUUGUUUUCAUUGCAAUCGUGUGAUUGAAGGAGAUGUUGUCUCCGCUCUGAAUAAAGCUUGGUGUGUAAACUGUUUUGCUUGUUCAACCUGCAAUACAAAACUGACACUCAAGAACAAGUUUGUAGAAUUCGAUAUGAAGCCAGUGUGUAAGAAAUGCUAUGAGAAGUUUCCACUGGAGUUAAAGAAAAGACUGAAGAAACUUGCUGAAACCCUUGGAAGGAAAUAACAAAGACGGGGUGGAAAGGAACCUGUCAAUCACGUUGAAUGAAAAAAUUACUUUUACCAUAAUUUAUAUAACUAAACUAAUGUCUUUAUAACUAACAGUCAUAUAUACAGACCUUUUAAUGCACCUGAAAUACAUAGCUAUGUCUUUGUAAUGCUGCAGCUCUCCAGAUGGACUGAAAUAAAUAAAUAAUUUCACAGUCAAACUGACUAAAGUUACUAAAAUCUCCAAAAUAUGGCAGGGUAUGCUAGCCAGUAUGUUCUGUGUGUUCCUGCUGGCAGUAGCAGUGAGAUGUUAGAUUUACAUGUAUGUUCAUAUCUUGCACUUAGUAAAGUGCUCUGGCACUGUCUUCUUAAUUAAGUCUAAUUUAUGUCUUGUGGUACAGCUAAUAAAAAUGUUCAGUUAUUUUUACUUGAUACAAAAAUGAAAAUUCUGGGUGAAAUGUACCUUCUUACCAGAAGCUGAGACUUUCAACCCUUACACCUGACAAUACAUUUGACCCAAAGAAGAAAGGUAGGUAAAUGCCUCUCCACUCUUCUGGGUUCAUAUCCUUUUUAGUUCUCCCCUUUCAGGUGCACUAGAUUAUAUUUGCCCUGUUUGCAUUCUCAUUCCCAAACAAAACUCUCCCUGUAUUCUUGCUUUAUAUGCUGUAUUUGAACUUCAGCUGACUGGUUAUUAAAGCUGAUCUGGUAACAUGUAUGGUAUGUUACAUUACUUAAAAAUUAUUACUUCAUUUUUCUGAUGUGAAACUGAAAAUUAUUUAUCAUGGAGACUGUAUAGCCAUUGGAUCAUUGCAUAAGACUAGGCCAAAAUAGGGCUUAUUAUGAACUUAAACAAGUACUAAAUAAAACAUUGUACAGUAAACCAAGAAGGCCAGUUACUGUACAAGUGGUGCCUUUAAACCAUGUGGAAGAAACUUGAGUUGCAUUUUAUUAAAAUUUUCUUGAAUAUAUCUUGUUUUUAUUUGUCCCAUAUAGAACAAGGGAUACUUCUUUUCUUCUUGCUGUUACUGUAUUGUUGCCUGCUUAUAAGUAUUGCUGUCCUGUACAAUUCAUUAUUUUCCUUGCAUGGUUUAUACAUUUCAAUUUUUAUACUCACUUUUGCUGUCCAGCAUUUGUAGUUACUAGCUGGACUUUAUAAUCACAAUGGCGGACAUUUGUUUUCUCUAAGAGAAAUAUUCUGGGAUUGUGUAGUAGUUGAGUAAUUUGCUACAUAAAAUAUGGCUCAGGACUAAUAUCCGGUGUUGCAUAUAAGAAUGUACUUAACAUCAGAAUUUAUUUGUCUGUAAUCUUUUCCAAAUUGCCUAGGUAUUCUGAACUAUAUGAGAACAUAUGCUGGCACAUGAUGUAUGCCAGGAUCUUGCCAGUGGAUUAGACUUGAUCCUAAGGGUUGUUUAGCUGCAGCUACAUUGUUCUGCAGUUUUAUUACUUUGUGUUGACAGAUUUGUCACAAUUCAGCAUCUACAUGUUUAUGUGCAGCUGCAGAAUUAAAAUCAGAGUACUUAUGCUCCUGGAUCCUUUUCUUUUCAUUAUACUUUUAUGAUUUAUGUUAUAACAUCCUUGAAAGCUGAUAUAUGUAACGCAUAUUAAGUAUGAUGUCUUUGUUAUUAUUAAAAUAAAGCAGACCUUUUGUAAUGUUCCUGAAGCCCAGUACAAGGUGCAAUAAAAUAUGUCUAAUAAAGUAUAAUGAAUAAUUUAAA